GAACAAUUUUAAUUGCGUCGAAUUGUUUUUUUUUUUCUGGACGACAGACCGCCUGUAGCGAACUCUGUCUGCUAACUAGCACUACUACUUCUCCUGCUCGGUACUGCCGUUCGACAGCUAAUUUAAGUGCUAUGUGUGUAUAUUAACACAAAUUACACCACCGCAUAAUGUGCUGCCGGCGUGUGUUGUAAUAGGAGGAAGCAGGAUUUGUACUUUAAAUACAGUCCCGGCGGGUUUUGAAUGCGCGUAUUACAUGGUCACGGGGACCGACCGAAGCACUGUGUGUCAUUAGCUGACUGUGAGAAAUUGUGGGCUUCCUUUUAUCUGUAGAUGGCAGGCAAUGUGGCUUACAAUUGCUUUCAAUUGUAAUUGUAAAUGCUUUUGAAAACAGAGAUCGAUUGGAGUUAGAGUUUGUUGAAGCAGGUUCCUCACAAGCGCUAGGUGAACUUCAUUUCGGUUUGGAAUUCUAUAGCGAAAUAAUGCCACACGAUGAUGAUGUGUACAACCUUCAGUUUUUUCCUCUUGCGAUGAAGCCCUCACACGAAGCGAGAUAAAAACAGAACAAAACAAAUUAACGAGCAAAAUCAACCUCCAACAAACACUUCUUCCGCUCUUUGGCGCCCGGAUCUCCGGACCUCCGGGCAGGCAGCAGUGUCAAUGCGGUUCGCGAGUGUCACGGUUAAGCGAGUGCCUGCCGGUGGGGCCACGGACUCAUGCGCUGGGUGCGAUGUUCAAGGCCACACGACGGGCGCGUUGAUUGCAUUUGUGUGUGUGUGUGUGUGUUUACGUGCUGAUUGAUCGUUCGUCCAACCGAUCAUCCGAUCGUCAUCACGGCGACGGUGCGCAUCGUGGCCUUCUUACCCGUCAGCUCCACGGGCCUUGAGGUGGUGGUGGCUUUCGAGUGGCUAAUAGAAUCUUGCGGUUCCGCUGUUCGAUCGGAUCGCGAUGCCAACGCAAAGGGUGUGACAAUGCAGGCGGCAGAGUACAAGAGGAAGUGGAUAGUAGUUUCUAUUGGUUUGUGGUGGUUGACGGUGGUACAAACACAGACACGAAAAAUAGGUGUCGCUUUGUAAAUGGUGGUCGAUUGUUGUCGAUUCACCUUCCAGUGCUUUUGAUGAUCGUACGAGCGACGACGGUAGUGAACGGAGGGUUCGGUUUGGUUAAGUUUUACGUAAUGUGCGAGGCCUUUUUGUCUGCCCUUGGCUUAGCGCAGGGGGUCCGCUUGAAGAGGCUCAAACAUUACCAGACCCUCCCGAACAUCUUUGCCGGCUUUGGUAGAAAGUUACUUUCAAAGCCUCGCGCGUUGCCUGCGACCUUUGAUCGAGCGAGCGCGCGCGAUCGCGAGACGAUCGUUGUUUGCUCCGGCCACCAGGCACCGGGCAGGGCACCUUAGCAAUGUGGAUUGAACUGGAAUUGGUUGGAGUUGCCUAAGUAAACACGCUCCCUUUCGGUGGCAGCUUUGGGUUUGUUGUUUAUAGUUUCCUAGAAAUGUUUGUGACAAGUUUUUAUAAUGAUUUCUUGGAGAUUUGUUUAUGCUUCUUUACGCAAUAGUCAACGCUAAUGGUGCUUAACGGUUUGUCAAAGUAAUUGUUUAAUUUUACACUAUUUGAGCAAGGCGUAGAACCGGUAAAUGCUCAGCUAACAAUUGAUCAUGUGUCAACAACUGAUUAUGAGGUCUCAAAAUUUGUUUGAUUUCAAAAAAUAAACAACAAAAUACGUAGUUUGUUUUGUAUAUUACCAGAGGAUUGAACCUCAGAUCACGAUCAGAUGUUCGUUCUAGGCAAAUUUUCGCACCAUCACUCGUUGGAAAAGACAUCUGCUCGAUUCGAGCCUUUCAAAACGGAUGGUUUUGUUGAUUAAUGGCUCUAACGAGAGAUAGAGAGGAAGAAUUCAGCCUUUCUAAUGCCAUUCUACUUCAGGAAAUCGGAGUGGGUUCUGCCCACACACCUUGGCUGAAGUAAGCAGAAAAUCAUUCUUUGUUCUUGUAGAGGAGCUGGGAGUUAGCAAACUCUGUCCAAAGCUCCGAAAUGUGCCAUAAAGCAAUUCUAAUGGUUGACCAAACCCAACGAAACCUUCAACCGCUUCGAUUGGGUGUGUAACACCACCACAAAGGUAGACCGCGCAUAGGAGGUCAUUGUGCCCCUUGCGUGGUGCUAAUGCGAUACCGAAUUCGGCUGACCUUCCUGCUCUGCGUGUGGAUUUGUUGUGUGGGCGCCGAGCCGCUCAAAACCGGUAGCGAACUGCUGGUGUAUUUUGGCGCAACUUCGUAGGUAGGGUUAAGGAUGGCCACAAGGUGGGAGUGUUUCGCUUUGCUCUGACCUGUUGUGUAAAAAUGUGUUUGCAAAUUGAAUCAAUUCCCCAAGAUGUGAAGCCCAAAUCAUUUGGUUCAAUGUCAUCAUGGUGGAGUGGUCCGUUGUGGCGCAGUUACAUGUGUCGUUCGAUCACAACACUGCUCGACAUCUUUCACACACAGCAUCGGGGCAAUCACACGAUCACGAUCGACGCCGAUUUGUAAUCUCUCUUUCGUAGGCAAACCUGCAAUAACACUCGAUCGUUGCUGCUGAUUGCUGCUGAUGUAACAAUGUGUCGUUUUUUUACGUGCACGACACCAGACACAGAUAGCGGGCCUGGAAGUCACGUCAAGGUGUAUGCCAGGGCCACACGAUGCUCCAGUCCGCUUUGCAUGCUGCCUGAUCGUGCACCGCACUCACACACACACACACACACUCCGCGUGAGGUGGAAUGUCACGCAAGGUCAGAAACGGUUGAAAGAUCCUGCCACUGCUGCUGGUGGUGGUUGUGCGGGUGUGCACUCUUGAGGUUUCGUAGAAUCUGCGCGAGAGGUGCAUGGAAUUUGAUUAAGCGAUAGACGACGCUCUACUUUGCUUGAAGUUCGUAUUCUUUGAAGUCAUCGUGAGGAUGCCUUUUUAUAGCUUAGAGCACUCCAGACAACCAUAAGAUGUGCCACAGACAAGUGGGUGACAGUUCCGUCAUCAAUCAAGCGGGGGGAAAUGCGGCCUUCGUCACACCACGCGUGGGUAGUGCUGACUCUUAUCAUACAUACAAAAGGAGAGAGCGCCAGCGUCUUAUCAGUGGCCAGUUGUGUGUGAUGAUGACUUGGGUUAUUUUUUGUGCGGACUUAUUGCGCCUUUGUGUGUGCUAUUGGGCUGGAGGGAAAUGAGGUGAUAACAAAUCCCGAACAGUGACGUAACGUUGAUAUGGUUCGCGGGUUUCGAUUGAUUCGAUUAGCGAGUGGUCUGGCCAGUUCGAAAUCAGCUCAUGAGCGGAGAGGAUGUAGUGGCUUCUUCGGUUGGUUGCCAGUUCGUCGUCUCGUAAUGAAUUAGUCGUCCGUUGUGCGUUCUUGCUGUGUUUUUGUGUGUGUGUGUGUGCUUUCCUAACCCAAGCGUCUCUUCGCUCUAUCCGUUUCAGUGAGCGUACUUACGACCCCGGUGCGGUGUUCCUCCCUGAGCUUGACUCGAAUUAAUAAGACUGUUUGACUGCCGAAGCACAGAACCUCCAGCAAGGCAUAAGGGGCCGUUUUCAGUGUGAGUGUGUGUGUUAGUGGUUCUUUGUUUGCAAUUCUAUUUGCAAACCGUGCGGCCAAUGUGCGGCGUGUUUCAAUCGGCAUUCAGAGUCCGGUGAUUACCCCGCCGUGUUGUUGAUCCCCGAGCUCCGUUAUUAUGCUCCAAACCAAAGACCACAGUGUGUAUGUGUGUGUGCGUGCGAAUGGGCACUCGUUUUUUUUUUCUAAUGGCCGAUAUGAAGUGUGAGUGAGUGUACGCGGUGCGAAAUCAUCAACUGUGUAUCAAAGCAAAAGAAUAGCGCUUUCGGUGGUUACUUGGUGAAGCGUUCCACAAGCGCUCCGUAUCUGCAGUAACGCUUCGACGGCCCACAGUAUGGCCUACCUUUCCGAUGUAGAUCUCGCAACGCUACACCAGUCACGCCUCGAGGAGCGCGUACAGUAUCGGCUGUCGGCGCUGUGGACGCACGGAGCGGAAUCGGGCCGGGAUUAUCAGCGAUCGUUACCAGCAGUGUCGUCAUCCGCGUCAUCGUCGAGCACGUCAUUAACAAUGUUUGGUGAUCGCGAAGCGGCAAAGCUUACGGCCGUUAAGGUCCCAACCGCGACCACUACAGGCAGCAGCAGUAGCAACGGCACUGUGAACGGUGCGAAGCACCCAAGUGCUAGUGAUAUAGUGAACAAUAACGUGGCGGAGCGGUGUCUACUAGAACCGAUCGGACCUACCUUGGGCAGAUCGGUCGCCAAGGCUUCGAUGGAACGACCGUACCAUCAGCAGCAGCAGCAGCAGCAAUACAACUUUAGCGGUCAUGUGAUACGUCCUAGGAUUAGAAGUAGUAACAGCAUGUCCAGCAGCAGCUCGACUGCAUCCAACUAUCAUCUUCAUCACCAGCAGCCGCAUCAUCACGCAAGCAGUGGUGGAGGAGGCAAACACGUGGAAUGGAGCGAUGACGAUCAUCUGCACGACGACGGCUACUUCUCGUCCGACACACGCCGAAGAAGGUCCGGCACAUGGCCGCGCACGCGAAGUUUGAAUGCACCGUCCCCGUUUCAACAAUUUGGACCAUGCGGUCGGAUCAUGAAAAACUCGGCGAUGGUGAUGCAAAUUCAGGACCCAGCGAGCCAGCGGUUAACUUGGUACAAGCCGCCGCUCGCCGUGCUGGUGAUUAAGAAGGUGCGCGACUCGAAGGUGCUGCAGCCGUUCGUGCAGCUGGUCGAGUGGCUGAUCCACGAGAAGCACAUGGUCGUGUGGGUGGAGGCGGCCAUCCUCGACGAUGCGCUGCUGACGGGCGACAAGCGCUUCACGAAGCUGCAGGACAAGCUGAUCACGUUCAAGGACGGGCGGGACGAUCUGACCGACAAGAUCGAUUUCAUCAUCUGUCUCGGGGGCGACGGGACGCUGCUGUACGCGUCGCUGCUGUUCCAGAAGUCCGUCCCGCCGGUCAUGGCAUUCCAUCUCGGGUCGCUCGGCUUCCUCACCCCGUUCCAGUUCGACAACUUCCAGGAGCAGGUGACGAACGUGCUGGAGGGGCACGCGGCCCUCACGCUGCGCAGCCGGCUGCGGUGUAUCAUCGUGCGCAAGGACAAGACGGAGCAGGAAAUCUCAACCUUCAAAUCGUCUCAGGAUCCGUCGACGAACAUACUGGUGCUAAAUGAAGUGGUCAUAGAUCGGGGCCUGUCGUCUUAUUUGAGCAACAUCGACCUGUUUCUGGACGGCAAGCACAUCACCUCGGUGCAGGGCGACGGGCUGAUCGUGUCGACGCCGACCGGCAGUACGGCCUAUUCGGCUGCCGCCGGCGCCUCGAUGAUUCAUCCGUCAGUGCCCGCCAUACUGGUGACGCCGAUCUGUCCGCAUUCGCUCAGCUUCCGGCCCAUCGUACUGCCAGCGGGUGUGGAGCUAAAGAUUGCAAUCUCACCGGACAGCAGAAACAGCUCUUGGGUGUCGUUUGAUGGUCGAAAUCGCCAAGAGCUGCUGCACGGCGAUAGCCUUCACGUCACCACCUCGAUCUACCCGGUGCCAAGCAUUUGCGCUCAGGAUCAGAUUGCCGAUUGGUUCGACUCGCUCGCCGAAUGUCUGCACUGGAACGUGCGCAAGCGGCAGAAGUGUCUGGACGAGCUGUCCGACCUGACCGGUUCCGGCACGGAAGACAGCGCCAUUGACGACAUCGUGCGCGGUAUCGAAAACCUCGAGAACUAAAGCAUUGCCCGUGUAAGGCGGGGGGAACGAAGCGGGCGAACAAAAGCACAGCUGUUUAGGGAGGAAAAAACUCCGUACUCUGCGACAAACCAAUUUUGGAACGGAAUGAAGAAAGGAGUACAAAGUGAUCCGAACAUAAUAAGCAAUCGAAAGUAGCGAAACAGGCAGCCAGGUAUGUGUGUGUGUAUUUGUAGCUCCUUCGUGUAUUAAGAAGGGCAGGUAGCAAGGAAACAGGAACGUCAUCGCAGAUCUCAUGCAGUGAUGUAGAAAUGCGUGUGGUAGUAGGGGUUGACUAUUGUUUGCUUUUAUGUUGAUUUUUUUCUUCGUGUGGACAGCUUUGAGGACUUCAAAGCUGUAUGUUAGAGAGUAUGCAUUGACAUAACAAGAAUGUGUGUGUGUGUGUGUGCUUGUGGUUUUAGUGAAGGAGAUUGGAUCUUUCGCAAUAGACAGCCCCGAAAUGUUAUUGUAAGGUUUGUCUGCACGUGUAAAUGUUGGCUUGGCUGCAGAAUUGAUUAGAUUUUUUUCUUUUUUUUAAACAAAGGUUUGUGUUUCACACCGUUGCGUGUUCACUGUUUGGGAAAAGAGAGGAUAUUCGUAGCGUUGGCCAGAGGGAAAAUGGCGCUCUAGAUGGUGCGGAAAGCGUAGCCUCCAGUUUGUUUAGUGUCGGUGGUUUUUUUUUGUUCUGUUAAGUUUUGUGAUGCUCUCAAGGAGAGCGCAACCGAAGGCAACAUGCUUCAAUAAUAGUGUUUAAGAGGGAAGUUAUGUAAGGUGAAGCAGAGCAGUGUUUUUUAAAACCACAUGCAAAUCAAUAGCAAAUGGAAAAUGUAAUCAAAAUCAGAAGAAAAUUGUCCUUCAAACCAGCUCAAUCCGUCAAUCGGUGUCCGGCUCUGUCUGUUGGGAAGGCACAAAUAGGAAGCAGUUACCGUUGUUCACACAAUAGACAGAACGGACAAGCAAAAAGGCCGGGAAGGUGUAGUGAUGCUGGUUAAAGGAGAAAAAAGAAGAUGUUUUGUAGUGAUAAACCAAAUUUUUAAUGAAACUGUAACAGGCUUCAGUUCUCGUUUUGUUUGACCGUGCUUUCGUUUCCAGCGUAGAAGGACCGGAAUGGGAUAGCCGUAGAUAUUAUUAUGAUUAAUGGCAAAUAGAACAGGGGAGGGGGCAUGAUAAUAAAUAGCAAAAAAUAGGGAACUAUACUACCAGACAAGUGGGCAAAGUGUGUGUGUGUGCGUAUAUGUGUGGUGUAUACAACAGUGUAACAUUGCCGAGGUUCGCAGCAAGCAAGCAAAUGUAAGAUUUGAUCAAGGAGCGCUACUGGAAAGUGGGGGGGGGGGGGGGGGGGAGGAUUAAGCGUGGAAUAAAAUUCGUGCUGACCCGUAGAGGAAAUUUAUACAAAAUCGUGUGGAUGUAGAGAAAAAAAAGACAAAAAAAGUGAAUAGAAGGAAAAAUAUAUGAGUAUACUAUUUAAUAAACGCGAA